AUGUCUUCAUCAACUCGAUCCAUUGCUACACAAACAAUAGAUUUAGAAUUAGAAACACAAACUAUUGAAACAAUAAAAUCAACAAUUAUUGAUGUUGAAGAUGAUGAUUCAAAACGUUUACAAAAUCGUACAAUUUUCAGUCAAUCUUUUAUUCAUCUACCAGAUAUUUAUUAUACAAGAAUGGUACAAGUUGGUAUGCUUGAACCAUUUAUGAAACUAAUUAUGAAUGUGAAUCAUGAACAAGAUGAAAAAAAGAAGAAAAUCAAUGAGACAUUGCAAGAAUAUCGACAAAUAUAUAAAAAGAGAAAAAUGGAAAGUUCUAUAACAAUUUUGGAUAAUAAGGAUACAGAUCAACUGGAUCUUUGUUCAAUAUAA